GCUCAGCAACACCGUGACACAUGAUGAGCGCACAUUGUGGGCAGUGUCGGAAGGUGCCCGGCAGAUGUCGCAAUAUACAUAUAUGUUUCACAGUACGGUCGAUUUUAAAAAAUGUAUGUGGGCAACAUACACUACUGUGUUCCAUGUUCAAAUAUCAGGUUCGGAUCAAAUGUCGGCUUAAUGUCGUUUUUAAACAUAACUCCGCGCCGAUAGGUGGCAGUAGCACGCCCGUCAUAAUGUGUUUACGCAAGUGACCAUGUUGACUUUAUGGGGACGCAACCAGGAAGUGGAUACGUGAAGGGUAUUUAACAAUAUCCCUCCUCAGCCAAGUAGCAAUUUAAGAGUCGGUCUUUUGUUAUUCCACCGUCACUCACUCUAUAAUCAUGACCGGGUGUCUCAGUGUGAUCUCCGUGCUCGCUACACUCGGGGCUCGAACAGCAACACUGCCAUCAGCAUGCAGUCACAAGGUUCCCUUAAUGUUUGGCCGAUUUACCAGCAGAGGUGCCAGCAAGGUACAGAUGGCGCAGAAUGGUGUGCGCAAACAUUUCCACUAUGAAGAAGAUGAAGACUUUAUGAUGGAGGAAGUGGAGGACAAGCUGGAAACUUUGCUGGAAGAGCGGAAGAAGACUCAAAAGGCUAUCAAGUAUAACAUCAUCAAGAGGAAGAUGAUGCCAUCAGGGGCUCCAGAGAGGAAGUUAACCUGGCAGGCUAUUGAACAGAUAAGAUAUCUAAAACAGGAGCAGCCAGAUGAGUGGUCAGUCAAGCGUCUGGCUGAAGGCUUCUCUGUCACCCCUGAUGUGAUUGUCAGAGUCCUCAAGAGCAAGUUUAUCCCAGACCCAGACAGGAAAAUCAAGCAAGAUGUUAAAGUUAUGACUAGACUCAAUCGUCAAGUCUUGCCUUCAGGGUCUGGGGAAGAGAAGAGCAGAAUAAAGUUGCACAGAGGCUGCUCAGCAGCUGCACUUCCCCCAGGAAAUCAAGAAAACGGUUUGGUUCCUGUGGCUGCCCAUACUUCAGUAAGUGGAGACACAAGCUCAGGGAUUUUAAUAAGUGGAGACACAAGCUCAGUCAAUAAAUCCCUGGCUGUAGCUUCUGCGCCUGUUACAGUUCCGGCAACUUACUUUACUUCUGUAAACAACAAAGAUGCCACAGGGAGGAGGUCAGCUGAAGAUGACAGUUCCACCGACAUUAAUAACUCGGGAGAGGAAGACGGGUGCUGGCAGGGACAGGUUUUGUCUGAGGAAGAGAUUGAGCAGUUUUGGGACAUGAAGAAGCCUACGCCUGUGGUGCAAGUUGGGAAAGAUUUCUUUGAUGGCGAGGGCAAUUUUUUGUACAGAAUAUGAGCACUUGUUUUGAAUAGGGACUGCUUGUGUCUUGUGAUGAUAUUUUCUGCAAAUAUUUGUCAUGUGUGCUGGCAAAUAAAAACAAAAUAUGAGAGUGAAUUCCUAAAAAUGCAAUUUUUAACACAAAAUAUUCUCAUGUACACAGAACACCUGAUUAAACAUU